AUGCACACACAUAGACCAAACGAAGAAACCGAGCAGCCCUUACUGCCACUGACCCUGGAUUCUGAUUUACAAUCUCAAUAUGCUGACAGUGCAGCUACUUUUUACAAUAUACUCAACAAUCCCACACAAACGACCUCAUCAUCAUCUUCAUUCAUACAACGAGACACCAAAAACAGGACGUCAAGAUUACACUCAUUAUCUCAUUCACUCCGUUCCUCCGCAAGCAAAACCAAUUCUCCCGCAAGGACGCACAAUAGUCGACGAAGCUCGAAAUAUAAUAUUCGUCAUCAUCACCAAUAUCGUUCUGAUAAUGGAUUACGUAGAUACAGCAACAGUGCCAGUAACUACUUUUUCCGUAAUUAUUCGCUUAUACCCACCGAGGGGGAUGAUAUACAGAAAAAUAAAUCACAAAAGCUAUUAUGCUUAUGGCCGUUACCCUUAGUAACAAGGUACAUGAUUUUGACAGCAACAAUUAUCUCCUCGUUAAACGCAGCGAAAAUUAUGGACUUGUCAUGUUUUGCACCUUCAUACCUUUAUUACAGGUAUGACUUCAAGAACUUGCUGCUAUCACCAUUUUUAUUCGACUGGACAUUACCCAAUAUGACAUUGUACGGUUGGAAUUUACUCAUACUUGGACUUUUUGAAGAAUCUUUGACCUUGAUGAUGGGCGGGACAAGACGUUUUGUGGGAGUGUUAAUAGUUUUGUUUGCAUCCGUGUCAAGUAUACGCUUCUUAUUAGGCUAUACGUUUUCGAGAUGGACAGGAUGGCAAUUCCCUUCCUUCUUUUUCAGUAACAGUAUGCAUGAAUGCAAUCAAGGCUUAUCUCCUUUUCUAUUCGCAUUACUUAUUGUACAAUCACUGAGUAUGGACGACAAAUACAUCGUGAUCUUUGGAGAAGAAGACUCAAAUCAUCGACUUACGAUUCGAAAAAUAACGCUACAGUUUAUUAUGUGCUUGAUGAAUUAUUUCACGAAAAAUAUAUUUUGGUGGUCUAUCUCAGGCUUAUUAACGGGCUGUUUAGCCAUCAUUGCCCUUCAGGCAUUUUUGAUUCAUAAGAAGCGGGAAGAAUCCAUAAAAGUAAAAAAUGCGAACGAAUUUGCUUCGCUCGAACACUACCGGCGAACACCCACUUGGCGAAUUGUUUGGACAGCCAUGAAAACAUGCGGCAAGGCCGUUUGCUUAGCAAUGCCUGUAUUAAUAUUGUGGAAUACAUAUUAUAACAUUGAACACCUUGUCACACCAGCUGAACUCAAUACGAUUGCAACAGACAAACCUUACCUUUUCACAUUCAUUUUCAUGACCGCGCCACGACGCGGUGAUCCUGCUUAUUUGACACGCACCAUUGAAUCUUAUUUAGCUAAUUGGCCCGAGUAUCCAUCUCCUGCCUCGCCUUAUUACCGUAUGCAAGCUAUCAUCUAUACCCACUUUUCACAACAUACUCAAUAUGAUCUUGCGAAAGAAUACUUUUCAAAUACAACGAAAGGGCAACGUUAUCUAAGAUGGGUUCGUGAGGAAGGCAGUGAUUUAAAUCAACGUUUGCAUCUCUCAAAAGCGUUGAGCAUGAGCACUCGUCUGUACGACAGUGCGUAUUACGUUUUGAUGGAGGAUGAUUUUCCUGUAUGUGGACCUCAUGAAUGGCAUCAGAUCGAAAAUGUUGUCUACAAGGCUGCCACGAAUAUUCCAGAUCACUGCGGUGCUUUUGUAGGAACUGGCGGAAGGUAG